ACUUUAAGAAAAUAAGCGAUUUCACAUUUAUCACCCUCAAACUGCCCGGGGCAUCCAUUGCAUUUCAGUUCUGUUGGGAUGUGCUAGCUGGUGGGUAUCAGCGUUCGCGUGCAAUGCCAUUUCGCGUAAACAACAGUGGUGUACAAGAAAACGAGAAUCUUUUCGUCUGAAGAAUAGAUCAUUUGACCUAAAAUGCAUCGCAGCCACACCGAGCGGGAGCGGGAGAUCCAAUCCUUGAACGAUGUGUUCGAUGGUUUGCAAAGGCGCAUGCGAAACUUGGAGGACAACAUGGAUAACCAAACAAAUACGGACAAACGUAUGCGGGAAUAUUGGGACGAGCUGAGCGAGCUACGCAUACAGUUGGCAGAAAAUCGACAAAAGCUUGAAAUGAUGCAAGCCAAACACUCCAAUUCGUUCGCUGUUGCUGCUUGCCUGUUUUUCAUUUGCUUUCUUGUGUACGGUCUGUACGUGCUCGUUAAUGGUGUGUGACUGUUAAAUACAUUUUACACUAACUGGA